AUGAGCAACAGCGGCAUUCAGAGUCAGUGUAAAGCACACCACAAACCUCCCAGCAGCAGCGGCAUUCAGAGUCAGUGUAAAGCACACCACAAACCUCCCAGCAGCAGCGGCAUUCAGAGUCAGUGUAAAGCACACCACAAACCUCCCAGCAACCGCGGCAUUCAGAGUCAGUGUAAAGCACACCACAAACCCCCCAGCAACCGCGGCAUUCAGAGUCAGUGUAAAGCACACCACAAACCCCCCAGCAACCGCGGCAUUCAGAGUCAGUGUAAAGCACACCACAAACCUCCCAGCAACAGCGGCAUUCAGAGUCAGUGUAAAGCACACCACAAACCUCCCAGCAGCAGCGGCAUUCAGAGUCAGUGUAAAGCACACCACAAACCUCCCAGCAGCAGCGGCAUUCAGAGUCAGUGUAAAGCACACCACAAACCUCCCAGCAACAGCGGCAUUCAGAGUCAGUGUAAAGCACACCACAAACCUCCCAGCAACAGCGGCAUUCAGAGUCAGUGUAAAGCACACCACAAACCUCCCAGCAACAGCGGCAUUCAGAGUCAGUGUAAAGCACACCACAAACCUCCGAGCAGCAGCGGCAUUCAGAGUCAGUGUAAAGCACACCACAAACCUCCCAGCAGCAGCGGCAUUCAGAGUCAGUGUAAAGCACACCACAAACCUCCCAGCAACCGCGGCAUUCAGAGUCAGUGUAAAGCACACCACAAACCUCCCAGCAACAGCGGCAUUCAGAGUCAGUGUAAAGCACACCACAAACCUCCCAGCAACCGCGGCAAUCAGAGUCAGUGUAAAGCACACCACAAACCCCCCAGCAACCGCGACAUUCAGAGUCAGUGUAAAGCACACCACAAACCUCCCAGCAACCGCGGCAUUCAGAGUCAGUGUAAAGCACACCACAAACCUCCCAGCAACAGCGGCAUUCAGAGUCAGUGUAAAGCACACCACAAACCUCCCAGCAACAGCGGCAUUCAGAGUCAGUGUAAAGCACACCACAAACCCCCCAGCAACCGCGGCAUUCAGAGUCAGUGUAAAGCACACCACAAACCUCCCAGCAACAGCGGCAUUCAGAGUCAGUGUAAAGCACACCACAAACCUCCCAGCAACAGCGGCAAUCAGAGUCAGUGUAAAGCACACCACAAACCUCCCAGCAACCGCGACAUUCAGAGUCAGUGUAAAGCACACCACAAACCUCCCAGCAACCGCGGCAUUCAGAGUCAGUGUAAAGCACACCACAAACCUCCCAGCAGCAGCGGCAUUCAGAGUCGGUAUAAAGCACACCACAAACCCCCCAGCAACAGCGGCAUUCAGAGUCAGUGUAAAGCACACCACAAACCUCCCAGCAACCGCGGCAUUCAGAGUCAGUGUAAAGCACACCACAAACCUCCCAGCAACCGCGGCAUUCAGAGUCAGUGUAAAGCACACCACAAACCUCCCAGCAGCAGCAGCAUUCAGAGUCGGUAUAAAGCACACCACAAACCUCCCAGCAGCAGCGGCAUUCAGAGUCAGUGUAAAGCACACCACAAACCUCCCAGCAGCAUUCAGAGUCGGUAUAAAGCACACCACAAACCUCCCAGCAACAGCGGCAUUCAGAGUCAGUGUAAAGCACACCACAAACCUCCCAGCAGCAGCGGCAUUCAGAGUCGGUAUAAAGCACACCACAAACCUCCCAGCAACCGCGGCAUUCAGAGUCAGUGUAAAGCACACCACAAACCUCCCAGCAGCAGCGGCAUUCAGAGUCGGUAUAAAGCACACCACAAACCUCCCAGCAACAGCGGCAUUCAGAGUCGGUAUAAAGCACACCACAACCUCCCAGCAACAGCGGCAUUCAGAGUCGGUAUAAAGCACACCACAAACCUCCCAGCAACAGCAGCAUUCAGAAUUACUAAUAAAACAUUCCAGAACUUGACAGCAGAGGCUGAUGAGCCUAGAAGUCAUACUAGUAACUGCAGCAAAUCACUCUCCUUGCCUGGAAAUUCCUUGGUGGUCCCCUGGCUGCAGUGA